AUGCACUGUGGGUGCCUGCCAUCUGCCAUAAACACCAACUCAACUCGAACACGGCGCCGGAAUUUAAAGCCAUGUUUGUUUAUAUAUACCCUCACUCCGUCCCUCACCCUUUCCUUAAUCACCACCCCUUCAUUUCCCAUCCCAACCACCGUUUCUCGAAGGGUUUUAAGAAUGAUGAACUGCUUGCCAUUAUGGCCAGAACCCGUUGUCCGAGUUCAACAUUUGUCAGACAGUGGAAUACGUGUAAUACCAGAACGCUACGUGAAAAAACCCUCUGAAAGGCCAUCAAUUUCUGAAUCAAUCGACAAAGAGAUCAAUAUCCCAGUUAUUGAUUUACAAAACUUGUAUUCCUCCAACGAAUCCCUUCGCAGGAAAACUGCCGACCUCAUCUCCGCCGCCUGCCGUGAAUGGGGCUUCUUCCAGGUGGUGAACCACGGCGUUAGCCACCAGUUAAUGGCGGAGACACGGGAGGUGUGGCGACAGUUCUUUCAACUCCCUCUUGAACUAAAACAACAGUAUGCGAAUUCACCGGCUACAUAUGAAGGCUAUGGCAGUCGAACUGGGAUCGGAAAGGACAUUUCACUAGAUUGGGGUGACUAUUUUUUCCUUCACUACCUUCCCAUGUCACUAAAGGACCAGAACAAGUGGCCAAGUUUACCAGAUUCAUGCAGGGAAUUAGUUGAGGAGUACGGUGAAGAAGUGGUUAAACUUGGGGGAAAACUGAUGAAGAUUUUUUCAGUAACACUAGGAUUGAGUGAAAAUCAUUUGGAACAAGCUUUUGGUGGGGAAAUUGGUGCAUGUAUUAGGGCAAAUUAUUACCCAAAGUGUCCACAACCGGAUCUUACUUUGGGUAUUUCACCACAUUCGGACCCGGGUGGCAUGACCCUCCUUUUACCCGAUGAAAAUGUACUGGGGCUCCAAGUCCGACAUGACAAUAACUGGAUCACAGUUAAACCAGUUCCUAAUGCUUUCGUUAUCAAUAUUGGUGAUCAAAUUCAGGUGCUGACUAACGCGACUUACAAAAGCGUGGAGCAUCGAGUGAUGGUGAAUUCAGCUAAAGAGAGAGUGUCCCUUGCUCUCUUCUACAAUCCAAGAAGUGACACACUCAUCAAACCUGUGGAGGAGCUAGUUACAGAAGAGAAGCCAGCACUGUAUUCACCAAUGACAUUUGAUGAAUAUAGAGUUUAUGUUAGGACAAAGGGCCUUUGUGGGAAGUCACAAGUUGAAUCAUUAAAAUCCCCAAAAUAA